AUGGCAGAAGUGGUUGUGGUGGUACUGCUUGGACAGUCAAGGAAAUGGAUUGGGGAAUUUGGUUGCAAGAUUAUAUCUGUACUGCUAGCUGUUGCAGAACUUCUUGGCGUGAUUCAUGGGUUGCAACUUUGUUGGAGCAGAGGCUACAGGAAGAUUGUGAUUUUUACUGAUUGUGUAGAUGCCAUGUCUCUUUUUUGUAGAGGUUGUGAUGAGAAUUAUCCGUUUAAAGAUGUAGUUGAUGAUGCUAGGCUUUUAUUCCAUAGGGAGUGGACGAUUACUCUAGUACAUACCACUAGGGAACAAAUUCCUAUUGCUGACCAGUUAGCUAAAUUCUCUCAUUUCAUGGAGAGUAUUUUUUGUAUCCUGGGCCAACCACCUUCUAUGAGUGAGGGGGAGGUUGUGAAAGGAAAUUAG